AAUGGGGCAUGAUGUACAAAAAUGCUAUCUGUAUUUUAUUAGACUUUUAUAAUUCACAAAUUUGACUAGUCUCUGAUAAUAUAUUUAGACUCCUGUAUUGUUGUUUGAUGUGGAAGCUAAAGUUAUACCUUUUUAAGUUCUUUUGGCCCACCAAAUUUAUGUUGGAGAUGUAAGGCUGUUGCUUUGUUCGUCAGGUGGUGCCGCUGUCAGAGUGAGACUGUUGCAUCAAUUUAGGCUUAGUAUCUAUGUUUGUUAGAAAGGGCAAGCCUAAAAUGUGUAGCUUCAGGGUGCUAUGUAGCUAGAUAGAACAUGUCCUCUUUGGCACAGCUCCACUGCUUUCAUAUCCUCACAGGGCAAAUUCAAACUAUUUGUAUGUCAUUUGAAUUACAGUUUACUUUGAAUUUUCAUCAUUUUACACAUAGACAUGGUAUUUUACAUGGUAAUGCCUUAGAAAGAUUGAAUGCAUGGUGCUGUAUCCUAAGAAGGUGUUGUGGUAACAGAAGCUCUGAUUAAUGUUUAAACUUGCCCUUUAUAUCUCAGGUCUGCAGGGCACAUGCAUGAGAAGUGUGGUUUUGUGUCAGUCUUUUACAGUCUGUCCUUUGUGGCCAUAUGGAACACACCCGCUUACCCCAGGAGUAGUGAAGACACGAAACCUUCAGUAGAGCAGCUCCAACGUGUCCAGUUUACACAUAUUUACACUCAGGAAAGUAUGAGGAGGUUCUUCAGAGCACACCGGGAGGAAGACUACAGCCAGAUCCAGCAUUUAACCGCAAAAUGCACACGCUUAGCACAUGACAAAGCAAUGUUGGACAGAGAGUUUGUGGUGUCCAGAGACAGAGAGAGAAAGCUCCAGACGGACGUGGAGGCAGUGACUACUCGACUCCUCCAACAAGAACAGGUUAACAUGGAAUUGAGGAUGAAGCAGGACCAGCUCAUCAGCAGGCUCCAGCAGCAGCAGGACUUGGUAGAAGUGCUGCAGCAGCGCCUGGGCCUUCUAACAGAGGAGAGCUCUCGGGAUGCAGAGUUGCUUCGACAAGUUGAGUCAGAAAUGCUGUUUCUCCAGAGCUCCGAGCUGAGACUACAGGGCCUGGUGGAGGAGCUGCACACUGAGGCCCACCACAGAGCAACCCUUGUGACAAGCCUGGAGGCAGAACUACACAAUGAGACCAAACGCAGAGUUUCUUUGGCAAAGAGCCUCCAAGAAGAGCUGCACAGUAAAACGUGGCAGCUGGAGCAGUUGCAGGAGGCCAACCACACUCUGGUGCAGGAGCUAAAGGAGCAGCACAGUUCUCAUCAAAAAGAGGUGCAUGAGUUGCAGAUGGAGAACGAUGGAAGCCUAAGAAAACUCCAGGCCACAGCAGAGCAGUUUGAAUGGCUCUGUCAGCAGCAGAGAUACUGGGUGUGUUGUGUCAAAAGGUUUAAAGAUGGGCUGGUGGAGGAGAGGAAUGCAUUAUUGCAACAGGUCAAAAGCUUACAGAAGAAGGUUCAAAAACAUAAGAAGACUUUAACUGAUGACAUAACAGAUCUGCGCUGCCCUCUGCAGGAAACACACAGCUGUGACAGUUUAACAGCAUGGGACAAGGACACAAUGGCUGAUCUGGAGUCACAUAUGGAAAAAUCAAACAUACUCUAUGACAAACUCUUCAGUCAGGUAUUGGUUAGGAUUUUUAAUAAUCUCAGACUCCUAAUCAGAAUGGGAAUUACUUUUAUUCAUAUCCAAGUGGAAAUUCUUAUUUGUUGCAGACAUGUAUUGCUGACCAGAAGAAGAAAUAAGGUUUUCCUACCAACAAACACCCCACUAAAAAUAAGUGGAACUUGCAAUAUCAUUUAACUUAUUAAAU